CGUGCUGCAGACGGGCUGAUUGGGUUGGCCGCGUUUGACGAGGAGUCGGAGGACAAUUCAAAGGCAGCCAACGUCCGCAAGGCGCUGCGCCUGACGGCCAAGGCUCCCACCAUCGUUACGGCUCACCAUCGCCUGCGGACGGGUUUGGAGCCGGUAGCGCCGAAUCUGGAACUGAACCACGCCGGCAACUUUCUGUACAUGCUGUUCAAUGAGAUUCCCGACGAAGAGACGGUCGCUCUCAUGGACGUGGACUUCAUCCUGCACGCUGAGCAUGGUGUCAACGCAUCGUCCUUCGCGGCGCGGGUGAGCGCGUCCACGAACUCGACGCUUCAUGCGGCGGUGUCGGGCGCGGUGGGGGCGCUGAAGGGCCCGGCCCACGGCGGGGCUGCCGAAGAAGUGAUGAAGAUGUCGAUGGAAAUCGGCAACCCCGAAAACGCCGAAGAGUACGCCCGCAACAAGCUGGACAACCGCGAGCGCAUCAUGGGAUUCGGCCAUCGGGUUUACAAGGCUGAGGAUCCCCGGGCGCGCCACCUGCGGGAACGCUCGCAGGCGCUGGGCGAGAAGCGGGGCGACCCACGCUGGUUCCAGAUUUUGACACACCUGUCCGAAGAUGUGAUGGCUCCCUACCGGGAACGGGGCAUCUACGUGAACGUGGACUUUUACGCCGGUUCGAUUUACCACCUGCUGGGUAUCGAGUCUGACCUGUUCAUUCCGAUAUUUGCGUUGGGCCGGGUGCCGGGUUGGUCCGCGCAGUGUAUCGAGCAGUACGAGAACAACAUCCUGCUGCGGCCCCGGCUGCACUACAUUGGCGAAAUGGAUCGGGAGUACGUUCCGCUCGAACAACGAUAG